AUGGAGGCGGCGCAGGCGGUGUUGGCGGCAUUCGACACGUCGCUGUCGCGGCAGUGGCGCGACGAGGACCGCCGCUGGCGUGCGGAGGACCGCCAGUGGCGCGCGGACGACCUGGCGUUCCGCGAGGAGGAGCGCCGAUGGUUCGGAGAAGAGGCGGAAAUGCGGAGCGCGGAAAUCAGGUGGGAGAAAGGGAGUGGGGGGGUGGUGGAGGGGAGGGAAGAGGGGAAGGGGGGGGAAGGGGGGAGGGGAGGGGGGAAGAGGGGAGAGACGGGGGGAGAGGGAGGUGAGAGGGUGGGGGAUGGGCAAGGAGAAGUGGAGGGAGGAAGACAUGAACCAACGCCACGUGGACAAUGCAAGAUACCUCUGGGCCAGGUACAACGUGCAGCAUCAGGUGCAAUCUCAGGUGUAGAGCUGGAAUUUGUCGAGAAGAACCGGCGAGAUGUGGAGGAGAAGUCAGAGCAGCUUAAGGCGAUCUCGAACCUCGCAGCGCUGUUUGCUGGCUUCGCUGUUGUCACACUCACGCAAUUCCAAGUCACCCUCGAAGGCUCUCCCAUGUGGAACAUUGCUCUGUACGGCAUCCUCACUGCCAUCUCGGUCUGCCUGCACACAGUCGCCAUGGUGCAGUGCACACUGAUCAUGGGGAGCAUUCUGAAGAAUGGCAAGGCCUACGUGGACGAGGAGGCCGAGGAGCACUUCAUGUUCCGCUGCUUGCUCUUUGUGCGCUCUUUCUCGCUCGGGGACCGCCCGCCUGCGCCGCGGCGCACGUUUGAAGCCUUUUGGGAGUACAGGUGUGAAGAUGACUGGCGCAAGGCAUUCAGCUACUUCACAUGGGGAAUCUUUUCGUUCCUUCUCAGCCUCAUUCCUAUUGGGUGGAUCAAGUUCAACUUCUCGACCUUCAUCCCUGUCGUGUUCACCGCCAUUGUCAUCUGCUCGAUGGUGGUAUGGGCCUAUCAGCAGCUGUCAUGGGGCGCCUAUCUCACCAAGGGCCGCCGCCAGUUCGACUCGCUUCUCUCCGAAGCCGAGGCCUUCCGAGUGCGCCCCUCCGGCCUCCCUUUCGACUGGCACAUCGCCCCGGAAGCUUCCCGGAAGCGCAGCUCCUCGCGGAAAAGCGGGGGAGGCCAGAGCGGAAGAGAGGGAGGGUCCAGCGAUGCUGCUUCGACAGCUUUUACGGAAGGCGAUGCUGGUCAGGAGUUGAAGCCAGGUUCAGGAUUGGGGAACAUGGAUGGUAAGAAGGCCUCCCAGACUUUGGCUUCUGGAUCGGAGAGUGGGGGUGUUGAAGCGUCUAGAAACUUGGGUUCAGGAUUGGGGAGUGCUGGUGAAAAAUGUGUUUGCGGGGAGGGGGAUAAGCAAGUGGAGCUUGGUGAGAGGGCAAGUGUAAUCGGAGGAGAGAAUAGUGUAGGCAAAGAAAGGAUUGAACCUGGCCAAGAGGAUUGUCUAAUGGGCGGCGGCAGUUGCAGUGGCGGCGGUACCAAUGUGGGUGAUUCGGGUUUGCCAUUGGCUGGUGGUGGUGCAUUGACUAGCGGUGGUGGUGAUGUGUCUCGUGUUGUGGUCGCAAGUCGAACAAAGAAGGCCAGCAGUUGCGAGAUCAGUGAGUUGCAGGAGUAA